AUGACGACGGCGGCGGACUUCAAGGACCGGCAGUUCCUUGCUGUGAUUGGAGACGAGGACUCUGUGACUGGCCUGCUGCUGGCUGGCAUUGGCCAUGUGACUCCGGGCCCCGAUGCACAAAAGAACUUCCUCGUCGUCGACAGCAAGACGGACAAUACGGCCAUUGAGGCGGCGUUUGACCGGUUCACCACCGACCGCAAGGACAUUGGCAUUGUCCUCAUCAACCAGCACAUUGCCGACCGGAUACGGUACCGUGUCGACACAUACACGGCGGCCUUCCCGACCGUGCUCGAGAUUCCGAGCAAAGACCAUCCGUACGACCCGGAGAAGGACAGUGUUCUGCGGCGUGUGAGACGGCUGUUUGGCGAGUAG